GAACAGCGUAAUUGUAAAUUUUAUUAUUCUUUGGUGGUUUAUUCUACGAAAAAUGUUCUCAGUGAUUGUUUCAACGAAACGAAACAGUGCGUCGUACUUCAAGUACGAUUUCCAACAAGAAUUUGAAGACAAAGACAAUUUAACGAAAGAAUCUACUGAAGUUCAGUCGACGGAAGAAACUAAAAAUGAAGAAAAACUUUUCAGUGAAAGUCCCGUACAAGACUUUGUCCCUCAAAGAGAUUGUAAAUUCAUGCUUUUUACUCGAUUAAAUCCAGAUGAAGCUGAUAUUUUAGUACUUGAUGACAUAAAAAGUGUAAAAAACUCAUAUUUUAAUGAAAAAUUGCCAGUUCGAUUUCUUAUCCAUGGAUGGCUUGAUCACGGAGAUGGAAUGUUGGGACAAUUAGGUCGUAAAGCUUACUUACAAAAAGGUGCAUUUAAUGUCAUUUCACUUGAUUGGAGUGUCGGCGCCGACACUCCAAAUUACUUCAAAGCUCGCAGUGCAAUCUUCCAAGUUGGACCGUUUCUCGCUAAAUUUAUCGACUUUCUCGUUGAAAAAACAAACAUUUCCACAUCCGAUAUUUAUCUCAUUGGGCAUUCGUUGGGUGCUCACAUUGCCGGAAUCGCCGGAAAAACUGUCACAAAGCUGAAAAUUCCCGUAAUUUAUGGAUUGGAUCCAGCUGGACCGAUGUUCUUCACGUGGCAACCUCGAGAGCGACUUGAUGUGCAUGACGCGAAAUACGUCGAAGUGCUUCACACGUCAUACCAAGGCUUCGGAAAACCAAUUGGAUAUGCGGAUUUUUAUGCGAAUGGCGGAAAAGUGCAACCAGGAUGCAAUUUAUUGACGAGCUGCUCGCAUAUGAGAUCGAUUUCGUAUUGGAGUGAAAGUAUCAACAGCGAAACGGGAUUUUAUGGCGUUCCGUUGGAAGAUAACGAGGCAUUUGAUGACACAUUUGACAUAGAACGCAAAGCUGUGAUGAUGGGAGGCGAGCCAGGAAAUUUGGGAAAGGCUCGGGGAUCUUACAAACUCGAAACGCACGCAACUUACCCUUAUGCAAUGGGACCUCUGGAGUAUUCGGAGGAAGUUACUGAACAAACGCGAUUUUCAUGAAAAUUAAUUUUCAUUUUUAGACUAAAAAAUAUUUAUUUUUAAUUAAAUUUUAUCAUUUUUUCAAAUUUGAGG